UGUAAAACACAGACUGGGGUCAGUGCAGGAGAGUUUGAACCGGGCCGGUGAUUUGGUGCAAUGCGAACACUUAAAUGGUUCAGUGUGUGCAGGCUGUCAGACAGACAGACAGGCGGAGCAGCAGCCUCCCACUCCUCCUGCUGCUGGAGAAACACAGCAAGGUCGGUGUUACACAGCACACACAGCAGCUCGGAUGUGAAGUGUCUUCCUCCUGCAGGCAGCCCGACCUCAGCUCACUACAUCCCCGCUUUGCCACUGACUGAAUCCCGCCUGACAAAGGGGGAGGAGGAGGAGGAGUGUUUCCCAGUCACAGGGAUCUGAACAGCGGGGAAGCUCAGAGUCGGGAUCCGCUACGUCAAACAGAUUAGUCAAAUAACCUCUCGGGGUAGGACAUACCUCCUUCCUUUGGGCUUGCCUGGCUGCAUGCAUGGGCUGUGGAAGCUAUAUAGUCUGACAAAUAGCCAGGAAGCCCUUGGCGAAACACACAAGUACUUUUUCUUUUUCUUUUUUUUUCUGAGGCUGGCUGUGCUUGAUCCUCCAGCAGCGUCUCUUGUUCUUCUCCUCCUCCUCUCCCCACCCCUGGUGCGAAAUGGCGAAAGAAAACGGCGAGUCCAGCAGUGAUGGGUCCUGGAAAAAGCAUGUCGAUGAUAUCAAGAAGAUAUUUGACUUUAAGGAAGUCCUUGGGACCGGUGCGUUUUCUGAAGUGGUGAUGGCUCGUGAGAAGGCCACAGGAAAGAUGGUCGCAAUCAAGUGCAUCCCUAAAAAAGCACUAAAGGGGAAGGAGACGAGCAUCGAAAAUGAAAUCGCCGUUCUUAGGAAGAUAAAGCACGAGAAUAUUGUGGCGCUGGAGGAUAUCUAUGAGAGUUCGAACCACCUGUAUCUCAUUAUGCAGCUGGUGUCUGGAGGCGAGCUGUUCGACCGCAUCGUAGAGAAAGGAUUCUACACUGAGAUGGAUGCCAGUCGCCUCAUUCGACAGGUUUUGGAUGCAGUCAACUACCUGCACUCUAUGGGCAUCGUGCACAGAGACCUGAAGCCUGAGAACCUGCUUUACUUCAGCCCCCAUGAUGAAUCAAAGAUCAUGAUCAGUGACUUCGGCCUGUCAAAGAUGGAGGGAACAGGUGACGUGAUGGCCACGGCCUGCGGGACUCCAGGAUACGUGGCUCCUGAAGUUUUAGCUCAGAAGCCAUACAGUAAGGCAGUGGACUGCUGGUCCAUUGGGGUCAUCGCCUAUAUUCUGCUGUGUGGUUAUCCUCCUUUCUAUGACGAGAACGAUUCGAAGCUCUUUGAGCAGAUUCUCAAAGCAGACUACGAGUUUGACGCUCCGUACUGGGAUGACAUAUCAGACUCUGCCAAAGACUUCAUCAGCUGCCUGAUGGAGAAGGACCCGGAGAAGAGGUUCGUCUGUGACCAGGCUCUGGAGCAUCCAUGGAUUGCUGGUGACACUGCUCUCUGUAAGAACAUACACGAGUCAGUCAGUCGACAAAUGCGGAAAAACUUUGCCAAAAGCAAAUGGAGGCAAGCCUUUAAUGCGACGGCUGUGAUCCGCCACAUGCGGCGCCUGCAGCUGGGCACCAGUUUCGGCAGCAGCAAUCACAACGCCAACUCCAACCCGCAGAGCCGCCCUCCGGCCAAGAGCCAGUCUGUGGACUGCGACCCGCCGUCCCUGAAGGACUGUCCUCCGAUAGCACCUUUGCCCUCCACAGUUAAAGUGUACAAUCAGGACUCUGACACCCCCUCUCCUGUCAGAGAGGAAUCCUCUGCGGUGGCCGAUGCCUCGCGGCCCCGACCCUCCACCUGUCACGGUCAUCCACACUGGGACUAAAUGACGCCAGGUGCCGCGGGAGGUGAGCUGGGAGACCACAGAGCUUUGAGAUGGGAAACGACUAUCCCAGGCUUCGAUGUCCUCGCCCAGUUUGCUCAUCCCGCAACCUCCCAUCUGAUUCUGCCAACCAGGGGAGGAAUUUGAGGAGCGUUGGCUCCAUUUACCACGGCUCAGCACGACACCGCUGCUGCUUCCCUUCCCUCUGUCAUACAGACCUGGAGGUACAGAGGGAAAGAUGCUCACCAGAAGUUGUUUUUGUGAAAGCUGCGUUCAGGAUCACGGUUGUCUGGCAGGUGAAAAAGCAGCUGGGAAGUGCCACACUAAAGGAAACUCUUUAUUGAUGCUGCUAUCAGUUUUGACUGUGAGCGUCUUGAGAGAAUGACGCUCCUCUGUAUGCCUUGUGUAAAUAUCCUGCGUGGAAAUGUUGAGUGGAGUCAUGUUAUGCAAGUGAAAUAUAAGCUUCAAACUGUGGUAAAUAAUCGUGACAUCAUCUGCACUCUGAACUUUUUUUCUUGUGGUUUUGACAGUUUUGGUUAAUGUGUGGUGGUAUGGCUCCAAACAGUGUGACAGUGUGUUUCUUAUCUCUUUGCUUUAAAUUGUGUGAAAAAGGAAGGUGUGCUUCAAUCACGGCUGUGAUCGCUGAGAGGGCCGGUGCAUUGCACUAAUGUAUUGGAUUAUUUAUUUUCUUACAACAUAUUCAGACUUUUUUGUAAGUAAUGUAUUAUUAGACUGGACUGGAAAGCUAUUGAAUUGAAUGAUAAAAAACACAGUAUCUAAUAGUUGUGAUUUUGUAAUUUGUGAUUUAUUUGAGGAACUCAUGAUUUGACUGUGAAGUCCUCCUCGACCACAGGAGGGCGACCUCGUGUUGUUUCUGUGUGACCAGCUCUCAGGGAUGUGCUCGACAUGAAGCCAACCAAACCCACUCACUGCGGAUGAGGACUUUGAAAAGUAAAAACCUCCACAUACUGCAUAUUAUUCUAAUGUGCCAUUGGGAGAGUACGACAGAUGCUUUUUAUUUCUUUAAAUCCAUUAUAAUUGACAGUAUCAUGUAUCUGAAUAGAUUGUUUUCCCCUUUAAGAAAGUAUAUUUGGAUUUAAAGAAAGUGUUUAUCAGUGCAAAUAUGUCAAAAAUGACCAAUGAAUGCAAACGUAUCUCAUCGCAGAACCGUUUAAUCAGUAGUGUACAGUUCAAUAAUAUAUUGCUACCUGCUUGCGCUCAAGAGGAGGCUGGUGUGUGAACAGCUCCCUCUCUCUGUGUUUAAUCACUGUGCUUUCAUACCAGCCUGUUGAAUUUAGCAGAAACACUCUUUCUCCUUCUUUCUUUUCUUCUGUCGCUCUCUGGUGACUUUCACACGGAGAGGAGACAGGAUCUGUCUUUGUAUUUUUCUCUGUGGUACAUCUAUUUCAUUUUUAAAUCCUUCAACAUGAACGAUAUAAAAACAACACUCCACCAGAAUAUGCCCAAUAUCGAGGGCUUUGCCAUAUUUAAAUAUCUAAAAAUGUUGUGGUGAAUAUUGACUUCUACUUACUGUAAAUACAAAAUCUCAACACAGUUAGCUUUGGUCUUUGAGUGUUUUAUUUUUGUCUUCCCUAUAUAUUUGUUCUCCAAAAAAAAAAAAAAAACAUCAACAGAAAGCAAAAGAUAUGAAGCAUUGAGAGCCCCUCAGUUUGCAUGUAUUACGUAUUGUUGCAGAAAUGUGCUUUAGAGUUGUAGUUUCCUGUAUUAAAAAGAGGCUUGUCUGCA